AUGGCUUCCAAAGAACCUCUCUCAAUCGAGACCGAAGCCAAAGCCGGUUCAUCCUCGCGCAGCACCACUCCACCAGCUACCAGGCCCAUCCAGCCCUGGGAAAAGCCAGGCAUCCUAGGUUCCUUCCGUCGCGGCUAUCGCGUAUUUCAACGCUAUGUCUGGGACGAUCCUGAUAAGCCCAAGGAGGAGAAAUGGUUUCUCUUCAAGCUGGAUUGCUUCCUCUUGACGUCGGCUUGCCUCGGGUACUUUAGCAAGAAUCUCGAUCAGUCUAACAUCAGCAAUGCUUAUGUCUCAGGGAUGAAGGAGAGUCUCGGCAUGCAUGGUAGCGAGCUGACAUAUGCGAGCAAUGUGUUCACGGCGGGAUAUGUUGUUGGGCAGAUGCCUGCCGUGAUGCUGGCGACCAGAAUUCGACCCUCGAUUUUGAUCCCCAGCCUGGAGAUCAUUUGGUCGAUCCUGACGUUCUGCACAUCGUCCGUCACCAACGUCUCGCAGCUAUACGCCAUCCGAUUCCUCAUUGGACUGUGCGAGUCUGGAUUCUUCCCAGUGAUGAUAUAUCUCGUUUCGAGCUGGUACACGAAAGGAGAGCGCGGGAAACGCGUUGCGCUGUUCUACUGCACGGCAGCGCUCGCAGGCAUGUUCAGCGGCUACCUCCAGGCGGGCGCGUACUCAGGUCUCGACGGCAGGUACGGCAAGCAAGGCUGGCAAUGGCUGUUCAUCGUCUGCGGCAUUAUCUCGCUCCCCAUCGCCUUCCUGGGCUACUUCUUCAUUCCCGACUUCCCUGAGACAACAAAAGCAUUCUACAUCACCGAAUCCGAAGCAUCCAGACAGCGCGCACGGCUCAUCGCCGAGGGCCAGAAGCCGCUGGGUCACAACCCCUGGAACCGCAGAAAGAUACUGCGUAUCGCAGGGCAGUGGCAGUUCUGGGUCUUGCCGCUGGGCUAUUUCUUCGUACAGUCGAGUUUUCCUUCGCAUCAGCCGAACUUUGCGCUCUGGCUGAAGGCUAAUGGUCGCUCGGUUUAUGAGAGGAAUGUCUGGCCGACGGGACAGGUUGCUGUCGGUGUGGUUGUGCAGCUUGCUGCUGGCAUGGUCUCGGAUUCGCCAUUAUUGAAGGGACGGCGCUGGCCGGUCAUCAUUGUCAUGCAGGCAGGGACGUUGGUUGGUGUUAGUAUCCUGGCUGCAUGGAAUGUUUCGGAUAGAGUCAAGUACUUUGCGUACUACAUCUCGUACUUCUCGGCAGGGGUGCCUGGCCCGUACUUUGCGUGGUACUCGGAUCUCAUACCGCACGACCACGAGAUGCGGGGGUUUGUGAUUGCAGCUUCCAACAUGUUCAGCUACAUCAACGUGAUCUGGUACACCAUCGCGGUCUGGAGAACGGUCGAUGCGCCGAGGUUCCACGCUGGCUUCACAGCGUGUGCGGUCUUUGGAGCUGCGAUGAUAUCGCUGACCGUCAUCUUGCAAUUCCUCCAGAGGAGAGAUGACAGGAAGAGGGCAUCGGAGGGCACCGCUGCGGAAGAUGUCGAGACGGCAGAAGAGGUGUCGAGAGCAAGUCUGGCAGAGGCGGCAACUGAAACGGUGAAGUCGGCAUGA